UUUUAUCACAGAACUACCAAAGUGGAAAUAAGUGGAACUUGACAUUGCCGCCUGCAGCGCUGGGGCCGCCUGCAGCUCUGUGCGCUUGCGGGUCACAAGAGAAAACUGACAUAGAAGGGACCUUAUUUGUGUACAAAAGGUCAGCUUCUCCUUAUCAUGGUUUUACGAUAGUAAAUCGACUGAACAUGCACAACCUGGUUGAACCAGUAAAUAAAGAUUUGGAAUUUCAGCUCCACGAACCUUUUCUUCUCUAUAGAAAUGCGAGCUUGUCAAUUUACAGUAUCUGGUUUUACGACAAGAAUGACUGUCAUCGAAUAGCAAAACUCAUGGCUAAAGUGGUAGAACAAGAAGCUCAGAGAUCACAGCAAGUUUCCCAGGACAGAAAAAGUCCCAGCAGACCCAAUGGCUGCAAUGAAAACAGGCCCAUUGACAUCCUGGAAAUGCUUAGUAAAGCCAAGGAUGAGUAUGAACGAAAUCAGGUCAGUGAGUUAAGUAUUGUAUCAAGUUCUGGAGUGCAACAAAAUGCAAAUCCUCCAAAACCAGAUAGCACAGAGCCUUCAGAACAAAAAACUUUGUUAGAGGUCCAAAGGCAGCAAUUUCAGUCAAGGCAGAAGCAUCUGACUUUGGAGGAACUGUUUGGAACCUCUGUACCAAAGGAGCAGCCCACAGCUCUGUACCCCAAUCCAGAGAGAAUGGAGAAGCUGCAGCCGGACGCCUCUGCCAGGGAGCAGCAUGCUUUGCUCUUGCCUUUUCCCUUUGACCAGUCCACAGCAAUACAGCAAGCACUGGGGAAACCGGAGAGUGCCAGCGUUAAAACUAGUGCAAAUCCUUUGAAUCAGCAAAUACCUCCAGGUUCAGUUUCCCAGCCUGAUAUAAAAAAUGUUUCAAGCUAUUCAGUUUGUUUAAGCCCUGUUCUCAAUUCAGCCUCGACAGUGGAAGCUGCCCCUGCUCAGAUGCUUCCCGGCCUAAAACAAAACAACAGUAUAAUGCAAGUUAUGCAGCAAGCUGCCAAGCAGAUAUCCCCACUAGCAAAUCAGCUGCCAUCCGAAGUGAACCACGCUCCACAAAACCUAAUGGCUGCACCCUUGACAUCAGCAAAUACAGGAACUGUCUCAAAUACAUCCCAUACAAGUGUUGAUCUUCUCCAGAAACUCAGGUUGACCCCACAGCAUGACCAAAUGCAACAGCAGUCUCUCACUAAGACUUCCUUAACCCCAAACAUCUCUGCCUCGGUUGGCCAACUUGCAACACCAGAAAGCUUCAAAGAAUCUCACAGUAAACCAUUGACCUUGAACAGCAAGAUUAUCUCUCCCCUUCAGACUGUACAACAAAACAAGGAAACAGAAGUAUUUCCACAACCGAAGACUUUGUCUAAAGCAAGUCAAGUUGCGCCCCCGCACUUUGUUACAGCCACAACUACAGUAACACCUUCAGUCCUCUUGUCUCCUAGUGUUUUUCAGCAGUCGGCUACAAAAGCAGCUGAAGUGGAGAGUAAAGCCAAUUCUUCUUCGCCUUUAACACUUGGAACAACAGAAAUCCAGACUAUACCUCCUACUGUUCUCAGUAGGUCUCAGCUUCAGGAAGCACUGAUACAUCUAAUAAAGAAUGAUUCUCGUUUUCUCAGCACUAUUCAUGAAGUCUACUUGCAAGUCCUAACCAAGAACACUGACAACAUUAAGCUAUAA